UGUCGCCACGGCAGCCGCUGUGCGGGGGCGAGGGGGUGGGGCACGGCUAAACCGGGUGAGAACCCGCGGUGACACGGCUUGACAGAGCCACCGGCGUGGGACACGGGCUGCCAGAGCCGCGGGGAAACAGCGGGGGACACGGGCUGUGGGAGACGCCCAGGGAACAGUGGAGUAUUCGGGCUCCGGCACUCACCGAGGUCAUCAGCGCGGGACACUGUUUGCCACAGCCACCGGGCCACCGGCGAGGGACAAGGCUUCAAGGUUUGCCAGAGCCACUGGGCCACCAGCGGGAUCAUGGCUGCCAUUGAGGAGCGCACCUUCAUUGCCAUCAAGCCUGAUGGGGUCCAGAGGGGACUGGUGGGGGAGAUCAUCAAACGCUUUGAGAAGAAAGGAUUCAAACUGGUAGCCAUGAAAUUAAUACAAGCCUCUGAGGACCUUCUGAGGGAACACUACAUUGACCUCAAGGACCGGCCAUUCUACGAUGGCCUGGUGCAGUACAUGCACUCAGGACCUGUUGUAGCCAUGGUGUGGGAAGGUCUUAAUGUGAUUAAGACUGGAAGAAUGAUGCUGGGGGAAACCAAUCCAUUCGAUUCCAAGCCUGGCACUAUUCGUGGGGACUUCUGUGUCCAAGUUGGAAAGAACAUCAUUCAUGGCAGUGAUUCUGUGGAAAGUGCUGAGACAGAGAUCAAUUUAUGGUUCACUCCUGAAGAACUGGUUGAUUACAGAAGCUGUGCUCAUGAGUGGAUCUAUGAUUAACACCCAGCCUGGAACUUCGGAUAUUCCCAUGUCCAUAAGCAGCUGCUAGCCUCUAGCUAUUUGAAAGAAUUCCCUGGUAGAAACCUCAGAAAACAGUGAAAUUGCUCUGUUGUGGAUGUCAGGGUCAGUGCUUGCUACUUCUUUGAUUUAAAAGUUGUCAAGUUAUAGAUGGAAUUGCACAUUUUAAAAGCUGCUUCUGGGACUGAGAGAUAUGAGAUGAAAACACAGAAUAGAUAACAUAUAUUUUUCUGAAGCAUUUUAUAGUAAUAGAGUGUAUUUUAGUAAACACAAAAAAAAUGGGUAAAAAUUUAUUUGGUAAAUAAAUAUGCAAAUAGCUCAGAGGUUAACUUUGCUAAAACAUUACAGGACAACUGAUGGUGUGUAAAUGCAUUGAUAAUAUGCCCAAAUGCUGAGGAUUUACUUAAUAUUAAGUCAAGUGUGUCCCCAUUCCUAAAAUGGCUGCAGAAAAAAAAAGCUCAUUUCUCUCCCCAGAACAUGCUGUGCCCAUAAAGAGCUCAACUGGCUAAAAUGACAACUCUCCUCCACACUGACACCGUUUCAACUCACUCUUUUUUCCUUCCACAUGGGAUUUAUGUAGUAUUUUAAGGACCGAUUAACCAGCCAGGCUUGAUGAAAUGUUCUUUUAUGUGAAAAGAAGAUUAAUGUGAGGAUGGAUGAGGGAGAUUCUACCCUUAGCCACUUCAGUGCAGCAGCUCUCUGGCAUUGCACAGAGCAAUAAGUGGUGUUUGCUUUGCCGGCUGAACAGCAGGUAAUUUAGCUGUGUUCUCAUUAGUGUAGUUUCCUCAGUAGCUGGAACUUCAAAGCAAAUCGUUCUUGGAUAAGUUGUUUUAGAAGUGACUUCAUCACUAUGGUUUUGUAUUUAAUGAUGUAAAGAAGUAGAGUCAUAAUAACGCAGAAGGUGUUUCAGUUUCAACAGCAAAAGUUGUACUGGAUGAGGAAGUUGGGAUUGAUAUUAUGUAUUUAUUUCUCUGCAACAUUUUAUUCACUAAGAGCAACAGUUUCAUGGAAUCAGUUGCUCAAGCUCCUCUAUUUUUUCCCCCAGAGCGAAUUCUUGUAUCUGAAUACUGAACUAUGCAGUGAAUGUUGAAUGGAAGGCUUAUGAUACCUUAUGGUGAUAUCAAGCUCCUAAAAAGAGAUGGCACAAUAUAAAACAAUAUUUGCUGUUUCUUAAGUGAAAUAAAAUGAAAUCUUAAAUA